AUGAAAGAGGCAGACCUAUUUUUUCGUUAUUGGGUUUGGAUUCUGGAAGAAGGCGGCAAUUCCAGUGAAAAAGAUGUGGGCAAUUUUACCAACCACAAUUUUACGCUGAAAUGGGACAAGUCCUAUAAUUUCUCUGUAGUGGCAGAAAAACGAUCAAGGAAAGGGGGACAAAGAGUUUAUCAAAGAUAUUCAUUACUCCACCAGGUAGGGAGAAGUAUUACAUUGAUAAAGCUGUUUAGUUCUUAAAAUAAUACCCAUAAUAGAGGUUAAUUGGUCUGCCGACCGCGCUUUUUAAGCCUCUAUACCGUUAUGCAUAAAAAUAGGUAAUUUAGCAUUUAGCAUUUAGCACAAGAAACGAUCAGCAGUAUUUUUUAACUGGGAUUUUCACAAUGCACCCUUCCCCAAUCCUCUGCUGCAAAAAAAUAUAGCAUGAAAGUAUAAAGGUGAGAAAUUUGAUCUAACCGAAAAUUUUCAUAGUAGAGCAGAUAUGUGUUCGAAUUGUUCACUUUCUGUUAAAAAGCAUGAAAUUUGGCAUAAUGAUAGUUAAAGGACUGAGACACUGUUUGUAAAGAGUAGGGGACCCAUUUACCUUCCAAACGGUUUCCCCGAAACUUUUUGAAAGUGGUAAACUUUUUUAAAAAUUAGCAGACAUUAUCGUGAAAGCAAUUUUAAUCCAUAUGUACAUGCACAGAGUAUUAUUUAUACCUCAAUAGCACAAAAUGGUGGUCGCAGAAGCUAUUAUAUCUCAAAGUACUUUGAAAAAGGCGCAAAGCAUUCUCCCCCAGUUUGUAGUGGAUCAACCUCUUUUAACCUUUUAAGCCCCAAUAUCCAUUCCAUAUACAAAUUCUUCAAACUGGUCUCUAUACAUUUCCUUGUAAGGAUAAGUUGAGAGAAUUUGAUAAAAGAUCAAAGCAUUUUUUCUUAAGUGAUCAUUUAUUAAUUCUCAUAACCUAAUCUCUGACAAAUGUAUGGAUAUUGUUAGGAGAAAAAUUGAUGUUGAUUACUAUUGGGACUUAAAGGGUUAAAGAAAUAUAUAUAUAUUUUUGCUAGUUUAAUUUGUUCGUAUGUUUGGCCUUUCCUAUGCUUUUAGUGAUGCUUCGUGUUGAGAUUGUAUUUUCAUUCAUAUAUUUACAACUUUUGAGGCUAGAGCUCGAGCAUAUAUGGAAUUACAAAACAAUGGAACCGUUGAUACCUCCACCAAGUAUUUGCAACAACAUUAUUUUGUCCCAUAAAAUGUAAUGCCUACCAUUCCCUCCCAAAAAAAGUCUCAUUAGUCUUGCUACCACCAGAAGGGAUUCCGGACCCAACGCACGCUGGUCGCAUUUGUGGGGGUAUUUUAACUGAUAAAGGUAUGAAUUCGCUUUAGCAUUAGUAAAGUUGGAAUUUCAAGCAUAGCGAGCAAAAGAAACCGGUAUUGUGAUUGAUUGAUGCUUAGGUGCUUGAAUAUGGAAAUUAUGUUACCAGCUAACUGAGACUUGUCCUUUUUAUCUAGAGCCAAUAACGCCUUUCCUGACACCCACUGCGACGACUGGUAUGUAUCUGAUACUAAAAGUCCAAAAAAAUGGAACUGAUACUGAACUACGACGGACUCGCCUACUUGAAUUUAAAAAUAAUUUAUUCUAGAAUUUGACUGUUUUGGCUCUAAUCGAUCAAUGAGCUACUAGCACCGCUGAUCAACAGAGUAACAAAAAUUAGACGUAUUUCCACGCCUCUUGAAACCCUGAAUAAGAGUUUGGUUUCGUAGAUUUGUUUUCCUCCUUUAUUCUAUUGACAGCUUUUAUACACUCUGUACUUAUAAGGACAUAAAUUUCCAUAUGUAUUAUGCAUUAAGUAUUGCUGUAAACAUUGAAGGGAUAAAAAGGAAAGAUUCUCGAUCUGUUUGUUGAUCAGUUGUACUCUUUCAGAAAUAGACCAGACGGAAAUACCAGUAGUAUUGAUCUCGCCAUCACCGGUGGCGUCGGAUUUCUGCCCAAUAUCGUCAUAGCGGCCUCUGUUUUUCAAGACAAGAAGGGACGUGCAGGAGAGGUAAGCGCAAGCUUCCAAUGUAUUUCAACAGGCUUUUAUCUUAAUGUUUAGGACCGGCUGCCUAAUGUGCGAGGUAACGUUCGUGCUUAUCUCUAUGCAAUUGCGCAUACUAGCGUGACAGAUUUGAGCUCAAGUUCAUCAAGGCAAAAUGGCUGGAAAACCUCUGCGCCUGUAUUGUAAGAUCGUCGAACUGAAAGUAUAGCGAAGGAGGAUCAAUUCAAUACCUGUUCUGACUAGACUGUUCACAGUCCCCUUAUCAUUUGUCAGUAAGAUCGUCGGGACGUGAGCACCCACCCUUACAGGUGCGGGUCUCUUUGGUUUCAAGUGUACUGAGUUCAGUUUCCGUCAACCCCAGACAAAAACUCAGGCUUGUAUAAGGCAAGCUUCUUUUUCAAAAGCCUGCCUCAAUCUGUAGUUUAUUAGGGCUUUACUAAGGUUUUGGCCCCGGCCGUUUUCAUCAAUAAAAAGAAAUCAUGGGACUUUUUUUUUUUUUUUUUUUUCAUGAAGCGAAAAUUUGUACACCAUUGUUUUCGUCUCAGUUAUGUGUAUAAGAACUUGUAAAAGGUUAGUUCCAGCUUUGUCACUAAUGGGAGACUUUUUUCAAGCCUCAACUGGAAUUAAAUAAGAGCUAAUGCACCUAAGUAUUGUCACGUUACUCCUUGGUUAAGAGAACCCACUGGCUACCAGUGGCAUUGGUGCGUAGAUUUUAAGAUUCUCCCUUGUUACAUCGGCAGAUUCUCUACGGUGUUGCGCCUAGCUAUCUUAAGGAUCUUGUCUCUUGUCCUACUGACUCACGUUACCAGCUACGCUGCAACAAUAAUGGUAUAUUGCUAGAAAGACCUCGGCUAAGAACGAAGAAGACUUUGGAGAUUUGCGCUACAUUUGAUGUGGCCGCCUUUUGGCGUGGAACAGUUCUCCUCUGCCAAUAAGACAGGAAACAUCAACUCGACCUUUUUAAAACGUCGGUUAAAACAUAUAUUUAUUUAAGAAGGCUUUAAAGUUAGAUUAUUUAUUUAUUUAUUUUUAACAUUGUAAUUUUACCGGGUAAUUUUACUGGUUUUUAAUUUAGUUAUUAUUACAUUGUAAUGCGCUUUUGAGUAUUUUUAUAGAAAAAGCGCAAUAUAAGUAUUAAAUAUUAUUAUUAUAUUAUUAUAAAGCUCUGGGCAGUAGGAAGAGUAUCAUGCGUCGGAUUCACAUGUUAUACACCCAUCAAUGUUUCAUAAGUUAGUGGGGAACUAUGGACGGAGAUGGAGACAUUGAUCAGAAACAAAUCACUUGGCAAGUUUAACUGAUUCUAAUGCGCUCUUUCCAGUAGUGUCGACGGAUUUCCCUAACUGGUUCAUGUCAAAAGUUUAUAAUCUUUGUUUUCACUUUGAGAAUCAUUUGGAAGCGCUGAAAUCGUACAGUGUGAUUCAAUCGUACUGCUUUUUAGCCGAGAAGUGCUUCCUUUUUCUCCAUGUUAGUGAAAAGUUGUGAAACGUCGUAGUGCUUGAAUCGCAGAGGCGAGCCAUACGGAGAACAAAAAGAGCAAACUCUGCCACAUGAGAUUAUAAUUAUUAUUACUUACACUUUAAGACGGAAUCCACCAGAAAUUGAGUAGUUUUAAUUUUCAGUGAAAAAAACCUUAACAGAAUAAUUUAAACAAUGUCGCAUUCUUUUACAUUUUUUCAAGAGCUAUAAAUGUAAUUAGUUAUCUGUAAUAACACCAAAGAAAAUUUCUUAUGAGAGUCUGAGAAAAGAAAUGUUAAAUUUCACGAAACGACACUAUACACAUUAAAUUUUCAGAAUUCUACCUGUGUUUUCACAAUUUCUUGUGAAAUUUGACAUUUAUUUUCUCAGGCUCCCAUAAGAAAUAGUCUUUGGUGUCAUUACAGGUAACUAAUUAUAUCUACAGCCCUUGAAAAAUGUAAACAGCAUUGCGAUAUUGUUUAAAUUACUCUGGUACAAGGUUUUUGUCCACUGAAAAUUGAAAUUACUUAAUUUCCUGAUGGAUUACGUCUUAAUUUUCUCCUUCGAGUCAGAAAAAGCCCCGGACUCUAACAAGAAAGAUCUCUUGGCUGAGUAUGAACUGAUGAAGCAGCUGCAGCCCCAUCCGAACGUCAUAAGGCUUAUGGGUGCCGUUACACUCUCUGGUAAAAUUUUCUCUUUUUUCCCGAUAUUAUUACUGUUUUAAAAGUGCGUUAUUUUAUGGAAGGCGAGUUGCGACCCCUUGAUUGGCACAUCUCAAUCUCGGAACAUCGUCCAAUGGCUUUCAAUCAAAUAUUGUGUCUUUCGUGUAAGCUAUUAAGAAACUGUCAAACCUCUUAAAUGCAGACAGCAAAGACGCAAGGCCACAUGCCUAUCACAGAGGUGUCCGUGUUGCUUCAGUUGGAUCUUUCCAUGUCUUUGAGACCAAGGGAAUUUUCCCUAAAGAAAACUGUGUCUGUAUGGAUAGGUUUCUCCUCUUUUGUAUCGGAUAGUCAUUAUAUGACAAGUCGUCAUUCUAUUCAAAAUUUGUGACAUUACUGAAUCCAAUACCUGCCAAUUUUGAUGAUCAUGCACGCAGUCCACAUAAAAAAUCAUCCAAUUUCAAGCUAUGCUUGUAUCUAUGCAACAUAUUUAUGCUACUAACAGUGCAUCCUUACAGCAUCUAAAUCCCGGUAUCCAAACCUUAUAAUCUUCCUACGACAGGUGGUGGCUCUAUAACUUUAAAACCGAUUACGAUACGUUCACUAAAAUUAGACAUAAUAAUGAACUCAUCAUUACCAACAUCUUGGUUAUGGAACUUGUUCAUCUCGCGUCUUUUAAAAGAUGAAAACCCCCUUUCUCGGCUCUUUUUAGACCCAAUUAUGGUGUUGUUUGAAUACAUACCUUACGGAGAUCUCCUGGGAUUCCUGAGAAGAAGUCGAGGCCUUGAUGACAAAUACUACAAAGACCCGGAUGUGAAACCGUCAAGUUCACUCACAUCACAGCAGCUUCUUAGGUUUGCGCAGGAAAUAGCUGAUGGCAUGGCAUUUCUUGCAGCCAACAAGGUACCAAAAGACCCAAGCGCUCUGUUGUACUGGUUAUGAGAACCUUAACUAUUUAAGCGAAUGCACAGAAAAAUCGAGCAAAAUCGGCAAAUCGUGGCCACAGCUCAAAACCUAACUUACCCUCAUUUUCAGUCUGUAAUAAGGUUUUAAUGAGUUUAUAACACUGCUGAGGUUUAAAUUUCAAAAUGCGGCCGAAUUUGGGAAUUAUUUGAGAUUUUCGAUUUCAACGGUCUGCCGGCCUAAAAUUAGCCGCCGAACACGGCAAUGUAGCCUAGCGACAGAAAUGAGCUGACUUUCAUAAACGAGCGAAUAUAUUGGCAAUCUUCCUCUUAAAUCUCAAAAAGCAGAUAUCUAACAAUUUCUGAACGGCACAUUUUUUAGAUUUGGAGAAUAAAAUAUCGACGAACCAGCAGAAUUUUGAAACGUAAUUUGUAUGAUGCUUGUAAAUACAACAAUUUACCGCUAAAACCAAAAUCGAAUUUUCUAUAUGGGGGAAUACUCCAAAUCCCGCUUACUACCGAAUGAGAUAUAGUACUUCAACAUUAUCUGAAAGUUAGUCUGGUGUUCUUGCGAACGCUUGUAAAAUAGACUGAUUAUUUUGACGCCAGGGUCAAUUGACACGUGCACGUCACGUCGAUUUGAGCUCGUUAAAAGGGAGAAACUAACAAGAUUCUUUUAAUAUGUACCUGUUUUAAUGAAAUACACGCAAUCUUCAAAAGGAGAGGCCGUUCAAUUUGUAAUUUCUGUUCGUGAGAUCUUGUAGAUUGCAGCAUGGCGUCUGCGAGUGGACCUGAGUCUAGGUCUGUUUUCCCGUGACUGCGAAAUCAGCAUAACAUCAAGAAAUAAUUCUCCCUCGAAGAGUUUGACUAAUAGUCAUGGUCAUGGGUCGCGGGUCCAAAGUCGCGGUAUUGUGUUCAUAACAGUCGUUUUCACUCAGCUGUUACCUCGAACCCCAAAUCAUUUUCCCCUGCCGCGACAUUGGACCCGCGACCGCGACACUGGACCCGCGACCGCGACAUUGGACCCGCGACCGCGACUUUGGACCCGCGGCCCGCGACCCGCGACUAUCAGUCAAACUCUGAAGUACUAUAUCUCAUUAGGUAGUAAGCGGGAUUUGGGGUGAUUUAGAGAAUCUCCCCAUAUAGAAAAUUCGAUUUUGGUUUUAGAGGUAAAUUGUUGUAUUUAGAAGCAUUAUGCAAAUUACGUUUCAAAAUUGUGGUCGUUCGUCGAUACUUUAUUCUCUAAAUCUAAAAAAAUGUGCUGUUUAGAAAUUGUUAGAUAUCUGUUUUUUGAGAUUUAAGUGGAAGAUUGCCAAUAUAUUCGCUCGUUUAUGAAAGUCAGCUCAUUUCUGUCGCUAGGCUACAUUGCCGUGUCCGGCGGCUAAUUUGAGGCAGCAGACCGUUGAAAUCGAAAAUCUCAAAUAAUUCCCAAAUUCGGCCGCAUUUUGAAAUUUAAACCUCAGCAGUGUUAUAGAUUCAUUAAAACCUUAUUACAGACUUAAAAUUAGGGUAGGUUAGGUUUUGAGCUGUGGCCACGGUUUGCUCGAUUUUUCUGUGCAUUAGCUCUUAACCAUUUUUCUUUAAACUCGAGGUGAAGAGUGGUUGUUGUAAUUAAAGCCACUAUUCACCGAGAUUGAAAAGAAUAAUUGUUUUAGUAUAUACACACAAAGUGAUCUCAAAAAAAUCAGAAGAGAAACCAUUAAAAAGUACGAUUUGAUUGACGGAUCAAAUCACGCAAAAGUUUAUAAGUAGAUCUUUGUAGAUUUUUCAAAAUUAAGGUUAGCACUUCGCAAACAAGAGCGUAAUGGCUUAAAUGGAACCGUUUAAAGUUUGAAUGGUUUCCUCACCCGAGAAGAAAAGUAGAGCUUUGUUGUUCCCUUUUGGCUCUCCAAGUUUAUAGCCAGUAAGCUUUGUUCAGCGUUUGCUGUGUCGUUCUUCGCGUGAAGUGCUGACAAAAAUGGCGGCUCGGUUGCACGAGGUAAGACGUUGUCUUCAUGUAGCAUUCUUUUUCCUGUUUACUUGAAACGUAGAAUUUUCUGCAAAGAUUUGCUUUCAAAUUUGUUUGUCAUAGAUUAAAUUCGAUUUUUGGGCUAAAUUUUUCUUGUUAGGAAACGCUGAGUCCACGAAACGGCCUCUUCUACGCGAAUAAACGGGAGUUGUAAACAACCCAUCGAGAACAAAACUCGCCUACAGUAAAUAGAAAAACGCCGUUUUGAAUCCUUCGAAGUCUUCUCUUGCCUUAAAAAAGUCAACCCUAGGAUUUUGUUGACUUUUUAAAGAUCGUUCUCUUAAAAAAUGGGAAAAACCCCGACCUGACACAUUACCUACUCGCUAGGAGGUGAAUAUUGUGGAAUAGUCCGAAAUAGCGAACCAAUCAGAUUGCUUAAAUCACCAAGAUCACUGAGUGUGUAUAUAUAAAUUCGGCAUAUACACCAUGUACAUGUAAUUUAGCUACGAAAUGUGGACGUUUGACCCAAACUCACUGCGGGGUUAAAAGGUCGUGAUUGUCAAAUAUAAACUAGCGUAUGCAGUUAUUUUUAUUGCAUUAUUCGUUUCAACGCUGCAUGGCGCAGGGACAUGUCUAGCUCGAUAUGAGGCUGACGAGUUUCUCUGUCGACCCAGGCCGGUGUAUGCAUGCAAAAACAAGUAUUUGUGAUAAGCGGAUGUUAUGCAGGCUGUACUGUUGGUUAGCAACGAUGUGGCAGAUUAGUAAUUCCUCUCAUCAGCUUCCGUGCUUCAUAGGUAGGCUCCGUCUGUUCCGUCCACUAAACUUUCAGCAACUUACUGUACCUUCCUAUGGUGGUUAUUAACUUUUUUCAAGGGCACCUUAUUACUGUUUUCUGUUAAAUAUCUGUUUGGAGAGGCAAAAAUUGCCUAGAAUUUUCUAUAGCUUGAGGAAGACUAAAAAUUUCCGGAUGAACGUUUUUCGAAGCUUAUCUUAUAAAUUCCCGACAAUUUUCCGAAGUUAAAUUUUUCGCAUUUCACUGCCCAGGUUAAGCUAUUUUCCGAAGUAAAAGAAAACCUAAAAUUUUCUGAUUCGAAAAUGCGAUAGAGAGAGGAAUCAGAGAAAUUUUUUUUUUUCUUUCGUAAAGCUUUAAAUUGCAUCUAAAAUUUUCGGGAAAUAAAACUGAAGCCCGUGUAAUUUCGAAAACACUCAAGUUGCCCUAUGAUGACCGAACAGAUUUCACUCAACUAAACAGGGACUGCCAUUGGUUAAUUCUUGGUCACGUGGCCGUGACUAAAAUCAAAUGUAUCCCGAUCGUGAUACAUUAAGCAAUGUACCCCGCUCGGGCUACAUUACAGCACGUGAUCAAAGCAUGGUGGAAAGUGGCGUGACAGAAGGCGGGAAAAACACUGCCAGGUCCUGCCAGUUUUCUUUUUCGCGAAUGAACACAACAACACAAACAAGAAGCCUCAAGCUAAAAAGCAACGAUUUUUAAAGUUAUCCCAGAAAUUCCCAGAAAAAAAAAAGUAGCUAGUGGAGGAAAAUGAUGCAGGUAAUAAAACGAAAGUACUUUGUAAAUCAUUCACACAGUGGUUUUGACAAUUAAAUUUGUGUUGUUAUAAGUACCGAGUCGACUGUUUUGGUUCGCUCCAGUUAUUCUUUCGUUGUUGUUGAAGUGAAAGUCUAGAAAUAUAACAAAACGCUUUAAAAUGUCAGGUCCCUCGGGAAACCAGUUAGUUUUGUUUUCCCUCGAGUCCUGUGAGUUUCCCGAGACGAAGUCGAGGGAAACAUCAGGACUCUCGCGAAAACAAAACUAACUGUUUCCCUCGGGAACUGACAUUAAGUGUAUAAUGUACUUUUUUUCUGCAGAUUAUUCACCGAGAUUUAGCAGCAAGAAAUGUGCUUGUAGGUGAAGAAGAAAUUUGUAAAAUAACAGAUUUUGGAAUGGCGAGAGAUGUGCAACAAACUGAUAUUUAUCAGAAACGGACCAAGGUAGGUUGAGAAUGCUGACUUAAAUUAAAUGGACAGUAUUGUUCAAAGUUCUCAUAGUAAACUUAAGCAACCUUCGAUGAACAGUAAGUAUUAACUAAAAACAACAACAAACUGAUGUAAAUACUAAACAGGGCCUUUACAUUUAUUAAGUUCAAAUCGCUAGUAUUUCAAGCAAAUACAGCGGCAUAAUGUCCCUUGACCUCCACCCCAGUUCAAUCAGAAAUUUUGCGACUCUUAUAUUUUGCUUAUUCCUCGAGGAGCGAGUUAAUACUGCGAAUUUUGUCGAAACUCGCUUUGCGCGUGGAACGUGCUUGGAACGUGCGUGGGACGCACAGCGGGGUAGAAAAACGAGUUAGCUAUAUGUUGUGGUUCAAUUUUAUCCUUAGUUUAAAAUUUAUUUUCCUUUGUUUCAAACUCAUAAUCAUACCUAAUUAUACCCCAAAACAAAGGAAAUUAAAUUUAAACCAAGUAUAAAAUUGAACCACAACAUAUAUAUUUAUAUAUCUUGACUUCGGGUUGGUAGUCCCUCUACGUCCGUGGGUAGUUCUCUCCCCAUGACGUCGAGUUGCAUUGAGGUUUUCAAGCUGCACAACUUCCACUGGGUGCUCUAUCGUGUUUUAUUCAUAAAAGGUUGACAUGUUUAUUCAUCCUCUGUGGAAAAAAAUAUGUUUACUGUUGGUGUACCUCGACCGAUUCUCUUCGUGCAAAUACGAGGAAUUGAAAACUGUUCAACGCCGUCAGCAACUAACCGAGAGACUUCGCAACGGUUUUGCGAGAUAGUUAUCGGCUUUGUCGGGAAUAUGUUCUUCAAAUGCGAUGAAAUCAGUUACCGCACUUUUCAAAAACACGAGAACUCUGAAGUUCAAAAGCCGCCUCCCAACUGCGUUUUUCCCUGCCGUCAAUCAUAAAUACGAUCACAAGCAACGGACCCUAAUACAGAAACAGACAAAACUGAUCGAAAUCCACCAAUCACAAACCAUGACCUUUUUUGAACCUGUUGAAGUAAACUACAGUUUCGUAAGAGGACCGCUAAGGUGAGUGUCAGUUGGCGUUUGAACUUCAGAAUUCGCGUGUUUUCAAAAAGCGCAGUAAAUUAGGGCUUUAUCGGCAAAACCCUGCAGCUCCACCAACUUCAAACCGCGUCUACCGGCAGAAUUUCACGGGAAGAGCGUUAAAGAUAAUAACUUGAUUUAACAUAGCCAUUAACCAUUUGGUCACGUGGCGCUCUCUUUUUUGGUCGUGUUGUUUUUGUUUUGUUUGUUUCUUUGUUUCUUUUUAACCAUAUUUUUUACCUAUUGGCUGGUUUCAGUUUAUUCAUACCUCUGCCCUCUCACAGCGUCGCGAGGUGUUGCGAUAAACGUACUUCAUUCACGUCACGAGUUGGUUUAAUUAUUGGCUUGCAUUAAACCUAUGAAAAAAUGAUAUUUUUUUAAUAGUAAGUAGAUUUAGUGUGUAGCACUUCUUGAUUUUUUUGCAAAGGCACAAGAAGCACGAGAAUUGAUUAAAAAUUGUGAGUUAAACCUCUAUGUAUCACGCGAUGCCCUGUCUCACUGUACCAAAAUUAUCGUAUUCGGAAGUCAGCCAAGCGCGGUCAUUGCACGCGUGCUGAACAAGAAUGCUGUAUCAUGACAGACUAGAAACAAUAGACAACACCGAAAGCACAAACUCAGCCAAACACUAAAAAUCUUCAAUGUUUACUCAAGUUUGGGCUUAUAGAAGAUAAUGUCGCAGUUUUUCAAUGACCAUGAAAUUCAGAGUCUGGGUAGUUAGUUAAUCAAUUGUGGCCCUGAAAAAUUUGAAGGAAAAAAACUACGAAUUUUUAAGAAAAUGCUUUUUCCUGAGAUUGACUCUUAAACGCUGACAAACGUCAACAAAUAGCGAAAACUAUAAUUUCUAUAUGUUUGCUUUGCUCGAAAUCGCGCGGAUUUACAAGGCGCUAAAUUGUUUUGCUGACUUGCAAGGACCCAUCUGUUAUAACGAUGCCCAAAAUAAAAAGAGAUGAAUCCCAUAGUUUGUUAGAUAUAAUCCGUGGAAAGUUUGCUUAUCAUUUUCGCAUAAAUUAUGACCUAAAUUUGGAAACCGCUGAAUUUCUCGAAUUGGGUCUUUGCGAUUUUGGUGAAACUCUGUUCAGCGCAAGGCACUAAUGCGCACUAUGUGUAGCCGAGAGAUUUUUACGAGAAAAUGCCGGCAACAGCAGAUUUUCGACUCAGACCUCAAAGGGGCGUGGCAUUAUAACCACGUGACAUUUACUCCGAUCGCCAAAAAUUUUAUGUUAUAUUGUAGAUUGAUCUAUAUGUUAUCCAUUCUAUGUGUUAGACUUACGAUAAAAAAAAGGUGGGGAUACCAGAGAGCUUCAAAGUAGGAUGGUACCCCAAAAAUACUGGGUCGAGUCACCUUAAUGUACUAAAAAUUGAAUAUCGUAGAGCCGCUUGCCAGUGAAGUGGACCGCAAUGGAGUCGCUGCUCUACGGAUUAUGUACUUCAGCGAGUGAUGUGUAAGUUUUCUCAUCACAGUUUAAUACUGUGAAAUUAAUUUUAAACUUUCCAUUUUUUUUUUAAAUUAAGAACUCAUUUCUAAAGUGUUUAAAAAGUGAUAACAAUUAGAGGCAUAAAAACUUCAACGAAGCAUCUCCAAAAUACUCUCACAGAUGUUGUUCAAAUAUCACGAACAUUGAGGCAGUUAUUGUAUGAUCAAGCUCGUAAGUACUCGUAAGUGAUUGUGUAAAAAGAAAAAUUCCAAAUACGGCUGAAAGUAAAAUAGAUAAUGACGUCAUUUCGUUGCUUCGACGACUUCGAUGUCAACAUAACAUUGCUCAUAAUAAAUUUUCAUACUGUUGUAAUCGUUUUUCCAUAUCCUUGUGAAUGCCGACAGAGUUCCUGGUCUAACUUGGAAGGUAUUGGCCCUGAAAAUCAAAUCGAGCCACCUGAAGGGCCUGUUCACGGAAAACACAGCAAAGCCUACCAGUCAGAAUUCCUUUUGUGCUCUUAAAUUAAUUUGCGGCCGCACAGGGCUCAGUGUUAACGGCUUCAAGUGUUUGUUAAUUGCCUUGUCUGUUUCAUGUAUUUUCUUUUAGCUGGAGUUAUGGCAUUGUGCUGUACGAAAUUUUUACGAUAGGUAAGAUCGCAUGUCACGUUCUUUUAACCGUUGUAGUUUUAAGAUUAUAUUUGUCGUUCACAUGUUCAGUUCUACAUUUUUAGAUACUUUAGCCCCUAUGGAUCGGGGCAAAUGGUCAGCAAUGUAGAUCUGUAUUUAUGAACCGAGUUAAUUAGCUUUCAGUUCAAGUGAUUAAGUUGGUGAGCAACGAAUUAGGAUGCAUAGAUCUGUUGUAGGGAUAACGCUGUUUCGAAAUUCUGACCAAUCUUGCCAAAGUUCUAUUUAAAAAACCUACCAAUCAUUUUGGGGAAAAAUCCACCUGUUACUCUUUCCACGCAAUUUUUUCUUUUCCCUGGAUAGUUAUCGGGCAAGCGAAAGAAAGACUCUUCUGGUAUAGGCGUUUAUAAUCGAAAUCAAUUACCUGAAUUGAGAUGAUGGCAUUUGAAAUACUCAAUCGACACUUUCAAACACCUUUGUAGAGCCCAUUUAUAAAGUAUGCAUGCUUUUUAGGUGGUAAGCCAUAUCCCAAUCUCCAGGCACAUCGUCUUCCGUAUCUGCUAAAAGAGAACUACAGAAUGCCGAAGCCUGCCCACUUGGAUGAUGAUAUGUAA